CUGGAAUCGUUCCGCAUGCGAUGAGCGGGGAAUGCUCGGACAACUUUUUCCAAACUAUUCUAAUGCAAUCGCUACAAAGAUCAAAUACGGUAAAGGCCUCACACAGAACGCGUAGAUAAAUUACAUGUCGGGCAGUCAGAUCCACGAAGAUCCCAGCAGCCUGAAUGCGACACUGAGCGGGCAAAGUUCACACAGGAGCACGUUUCUCGCAGUCUUCAACUCAAGAGCCCGUCGAGCCUUCAAUUUUCGACAUCUCUCUAGCCUAUCUCCGUCACAACUCCGGCACAGACGACUAAGCGCCUCAUCCGGAAUGUUCGGAACUGCGCUACUGGUACCUUGCCGUGUAGCAUUUCCGAGCGAAAUGAUGAUUGCCAUUUGUGGGGCAUACAAUUAUGACUCGGAGGUGCGAGAGAUCAGGGAGUAUGUCGGUAUCCAUAUGGUCCUAGCCGAGAAUCCGCGCACAACGGCGAGA